AUGAUUUUGCAAAGGCAAGAGACAGAGAUGGCUGCCAACUUGGCCAGCUUGCAGAAGGCGUGGGCUGAGGAUGAGAGAUUGAGCCCGAUACUUGGGGAGGACCAAUCCUUGGAACUGACCAACCCUCCCAACGCGUUCAACGGCUGUCAGGCUCUAGCAGAGCUUAACGAGGUCAGUGCCAACCCUCAAGUACCCCAGCUGGGAUGUGGCGCGGUCUCCUUGCUGUCCACCGACCCACAAGUGCUGGAGGUGACGAAGCAAUUGGAAUCUGUGGCCGAGGAGGCUAGGGGCUUCCUCACCCCCACGGCUGGAGCGGUGGCGAUGCUGCGACAGCCCUAUGAGCAGCAAAGUGGGGGGGUGCUGGGGACGCUGCAAAGCGUGAAAGAUACCUAUGAGAAGGACCUCAAGGAGCUGCGAGGAGCUGAGGAGUCACAGAAGCAGAGCCACGGCAUCUUGCUACAGCAGCUGCAGUCAGAACAGGCUGAGCUGUCCAAGAUGAUGGAGAUGACCCAGGCCGAGCUGGCGAGCACUGAGGAGGAGCUGCUCACGCGGAAGUCCCAGCUGGCGAAGGCCAAGGCAGACCUGGACUCGGAAAGUGCAUUGAAAGCUGAAACCGAGAAAAUCCUGGUGCAGAAGACGAGCGCUUUUGAGGAGCGCAAAGAGCUUCGCUCCCAGGAAGCCACGGCCAUCGCCAAAGCCACUGCUGUGCUGAACAGCGAUGCCGCCUUUGCCACCUUCGGCCAGGUCACAGGUGCCAGCUUUGUGCAGAUGGGAGCUGCUCCCAAGCAGGCCGCCCUAGUGGCCCUCCUCCGCCGCGCGGCGCGAGAGAACGCGCACUCCGCGCGGCUGGGGCAUGCUGCCACGGUGGCCGCCACGGCGCCAUUUGCCAAGGUGAUUGAAGAGAUUGAGACGAUGCGGAAAGUUAUCCAGGCGGAGGGCAAGGCCGAUGACAAGAAAUCCGUUUGGUGCGCGGCAGAGUUGUCCAAGAACACGGCUGGCCAGACGGCCAAGACUGGCCAGAUGGACACCCUGAAGACAGCGAUCACCGAGCUGGACACUACCCUCACAGGCGUGGAUGGCUUGGAGCUGAUGCUGAAGCAGUCCAGGGAGGAUCUGAAGCGGAACGAGGAGGAUCAGGAGGACAUCACCGCCACCAGGAAGUCAGAGAAUAAGAACUACCAGAAGAAGGUGCAAGAUUUUUCAGAUUCGCAGAAUCUGGUGAAGACAGCCAUGACGGUCUUGCAGCAGUACUACACCAAGCUGGCCCUCCUUCAGGGGGAGUCGAAGUUGCGAGGCCAGGAAGUGCUGAAGAUGUUGCAAAACGUCUUGGAUGAUACCAAGUCUGAGGAGGAUGCAGCCCACAAGACCGAAGGGGAGGCUCAGGCCAGCUUCGAGGACAACUUAGCGCUGUUGACUCAGUCCGAAGCUGACUUGAAGAAGAGCAUCACUGAGACGACCAAGGAGAUUGCUGACACCAAGCAGGAGCUGACUGAGAAGCAUGAGAUGCUUGAGAAGACCAAGCAGGAGAAGAUGUCCUUGGCACAGUAUUUGGCGGACGUGCAGCCGGACUGCGCGUGGCUGAAGGCUGCGCUGGGCCAGCGGGAGGCCAACCGACGGGCAGAGACAAAGUCGCUGACGGAAGCCAUUCAGUUGAUCAAGGGAAUUGGGCCAGCUCCUCACACAUCACGUUCCGCCAAGAAACUCAUUGCUGGCAAAGUCUCGAGAGACUGCCUUGGAAAGGCCAUGAGUACAGUGGCUCGGCAGCAUCCGCCUCCAGCUUUUCGCGAAGGCUGGAGGAAUGGGCCCCGGACUGGCGACGCCUGUGACGCACGACGUUUGGCGGGCUUGAUCUUGGCUGCUCCAUUGACAGCCUAUCGCCGUCAGGUGCAGAAGGUCAGGGGCGUGCCUUAUCGAUCCCGCGUCCGGCGGAAUGCCGAAGCGGCCAUGGCGGUAGGCCAGCCUGGGCAGCAAAUCAUCUUCUUCGGUGGGAAGGGUGGUGUAGGCAAGACGUCCUCGUCUUCAUCCUUUGCGGCUGCCUCGGCGGCAGAGGGCAAGAAGGUGUUGAUCAUCUCCACGGACCCGGCGCAUUCCUUGGGCGACGCUCUUUGCGAGCCCUUGAAUGGCCGGCCCAGAGAAGUGGCAGACAACCUCUUCGCCAUGGAGGUGGAUCCCGAGGAGGCCUUAAAGGAGCUCAGGGAGAGCUUGAAGAUGCUGGACGCCAAGGCGUUACUGGACUCGCUUGGCUUGCCGGGUGGCACCACGGCGGCUUUGGGACUCACGGAGUUGUCCGAACUCUUGGAGUCCGGGCAUUUUGCCAGUGCCAUCCAUGAUGCAAUGCAAGUUGCAGUGGUCAACCUGCAGUUGCCACAUCCAGUUACCUUGGGCCUUGUCGCGAUGGCGCGGCCGCCGGGCUUGGUCAGUGAUGGGGUUGCAUGGCCGGAAGUGGUGGCCUUGCAGGCGCAGGUGAAAAGCAAGGAGGCUGAGCUGUUUGCCAUGAAGCGGCAGUUGCAGGCGAUGACGCAGCAGAACUCCCCCAGUGGCAUGAGGCCGGCGGAGAGUGGUGGCCAACCGCUGUCCAUCAUCAUUCCAAUGGGAGGCUCUGGUGCCGACUUUGCAGAGGCUGGCUUCAGGAUGCCAAAGCCUCUGGUGAACAUUGUGGGGCGACCGGUGCUGAUGUGGGUCCUGGAUUACCUCAGCAUCACCAAGGAGGACUCCAUCUUCUUGGCAGUGCCUGCGCCCAUCCUGAAGCAGUACGAUAUCAAGAAGAUGUUGGCAAGGAUGCUACCCCAGGUGAAAGUCAAGGUGAUCGUGCUGCCCUUCGAGACCAGGGGUUGGCUCGAGACAGUGCUAUCGGUCGCCAGGCAGAUGAGUGCCAAGGAGAGCCGAAAUCGCCUCGUUACGCUCGAUAGCAGCAGCAUCUACCACGGGGUGGAUUUGCUACAUCUCUGUCGCUCCUCAGAGGCUCAGUUUGCCUCUGUUUACUUUGACUUGGGACAGGCCCCAGUCUCGGGCACAGGCCUACAGCGAGCGAACUUCUCCUAUCUCAGGAUGUCAGAUGAUGGGAAGAUCCUGGAGGUGAAAGAGAAGUCGGUGAUCUCUUCCAUGGCCAACUGCGGCACCUACAUCUUCAAAAGUGCCGCGGAGUUUCGCCAAGCGUCUGAGGGCCUGUUGGAAUGUCCGGAGGAGGCCACCAAGGGUGGGCUCUAUGCCUCCAGUUUGAUGUCGUGGAUGAUGUCCCAUGGGGAGGACUUCUUUGGCCUCCCCGUGAACUGCCAAGAUGUGGCCUUGGUUUCCACCCCUCCUCAGCUCGAGGAUUUCGUGCGGAAGGUCUCCAGUGGCCAGGUCCUAGUCUCCCGCACCAUGCGUUUCUGCUUCGACCUGGACGGCACCUUGGUGCAUCCCAACGAGAGCGGCGGGGUGGAGCCUGUUCCCAACGCCAUUGAACUGGUGCGGCAGCUCCACAAGGCGAAGCAUACCAUCAUCAUCACCACCAGUCGCGGAAUGAUGCCCGGGGGCGGAGUAGACCUGGCGAUUGCUGACCAGGGCUACGACACCUUCAAACUCCUGGAGCAGUUGAAUAUCCCUUACGACGAGCUACAUUUUGGGAAGCCCUAUGCGGACAUCACCGUCGAUUCACAUGCGAUCAACUCCCAGGGAGAUCUGAGCCGAGAGCUCGGCUGGUAUGUGGGUCAGGCGGGAGGUCAAAUGUUGGAGGGCGCUAUCGAUGCCCGAGCCUUCAACACGGUGAGAUCCAGUGGGAAAUCCUUGGUCAUCAAAUCCUCCACGCCCGACGUGCUGAAGGGCGAGUGCCAUUGGUAUCGGAGCAUUCCACCGGACUUGGCGUGUCACUUCCCACAUGCCAUGGAUAUCCAGGAGGGCGAUGCCUCCAAAGAUGGUUCGGUGUCCACCAUCACCAUGUCCAAGGUGACGGGUGUGACCUUCUCACAUUUGGUCACGGCUCGAUUGCUGAUGCCUGAGUGGCUCAGGCGCUUAGUUCGUACCUUGCGGAAGAUCCAUGAGCAAAAGGCACCUGAAGCCUGGAAGGAGUUGGUGGAGGAAAAAGUCACCAACGCUCAGCUGUGCUCCAACUAUGGGCCCAAGGUCAAGAGAAGAACUUUGGAGCACAUAUCUUUGUAUGAUUCUUUGGCCGAGGAGCUGGGAAUCAACACCCGGCAGAUGGCGGACGUCUUGAUCCGCUUUCUGGAGGAGUUUGAAUCCUCCCAGCGGGCGCAACAUGCCAACUACAUCCAUGGCGAUCCGGUGUUUUCCAACAUCCUCCGCACCAAUGAUGACCAGAUUGUGAUGAUCGACAUGCGUGGCCAACUGGGGAAGGUGAUCACCACCCAGGGAGACGUGCAUUAUGACCUCAGCAAGGUGUUCCAAAGCCUCUGUGGCUACGAUUUCAUGCUGUUGGAUCAGAAUCUGGACGAACCUGCGAGUGAAACCUUUGAUUCCCUGCGCGCGGCCUUCUGGGAAGAAGUGAAGGCCCUGUACCCAGAGGUCUCUCAUCGCCAAGUGUCCCCCCCGCCUGGCGUGGAUGAAAUUGCGGCUGUCGCCAAGGCCAUCACCGAGACCGAAGGUUUUGACAUGGUGAUUUUCGACACUGCACCCACAGGUCAUACUCUGAGAUUACUGGAAGUUCCAACUUUCCUCAUCAACUUCAUCGACCGCGCCUUGAGUGUGCGAAAGAGCAUCGGCGGGGUGUUGGGCAUGCUGGGGUUGGGCCUGGCAAGUGGUGCUGAUGACAAGCUGGAUGAGGCGGAGAAAAAGGUGAGGUCGAUCCGAGAUCGAGUCGCUUUCCUGAGCCGUGCCCUGAAGACCCCGCCCAGUCCGAAGGGCGUCGUCUCCAACGGCGCCUCUGCAGAGUUCGUGGUGGUCACCCGCCCCACGGAACUGGAUGCGGCGGAAGCGGAGCGACUGGUUCAUGAACUGAAGGCUCAGGGCAUCUGCUGUCGAAGGCUAGUGGUGAAUCAGAUCAUCCAAGAGGCCAGCGGCGAAGCCUAUUGGCAAGCACGCGUGGAGUCGCAGGGCAAGAUUCUGAAAGAGUUGCGCACCACCUGUGAAGCGCGGAAGUUGCCUCUGUACGAGGUUGGUGAUCGACCGGAAAACCUGGUAGGUCCACCUGCUUUGGGCUACUUAGCCUCGCUCGCCUUCGGCGAUGGCGCGCUGCCCAGCACGCAAGUCACCCUCUUCGGAGGCAAGGGCGGCGUGGGGAAGACAUCCAUGAGUUCGGCCAUGGCUGUAAAGACAGCCAUGGAAGGACAAAAGGUGUUAAUCAUCUCUACGGACCCUGCCCAUUCCUUGGGCGAUGCCUUGGGAUGUAAACUCUCGGUGGACGCACUCAGCGGUCUAAACCGGCCAAAGGCCGACAUUGACCAAGUUCGCAGCGGUCAAGCGCCUAACAAAUUUGGCCCGGGCCAAAUGCGCGGUGGCGAAGUCUUUUUUUUAGUAUGGAGCUGGUCCUGUUUGCUGCCAAGCAGCGCUGUUACGAAAGUGGCAGAUAUGAACAUGGAGUUUGCCUCUCAGUUGGUUUUAGGCCACGAUGAUGGCAACUGGCAGGAAGCCACUCAGAGCCCUGCCUUGCACCGAGCCGGAUUGCUGGGUUCAGGCCAAGUGCUGGGACUGGGAGAUACCGGGGUGGAUGCCUCAACUUGUGCCUUUCAAGAUGCUACUUCAGUGGUGCCCUAUGGCCGAAGAAGCGCCAGCCACCGGAAGAUUGCGGGGUACUUCUCGGCAGGUGGGGACAAUCAAGACAGCAAACUGGGCCAUGGGACACACAUUGCAGGCGCCAUGGUUGGCCAAUUGCUGUCAUCAGAGGCCCAAGCCUUAAAUGAGCCGGAGAACCUGGGGAUGGCCCCUGCUGCGCGCCUGGUGGUGGUUGAUGUGGAAAGGGCAAGCGAGCCGGGAGUGUACAAGGUUCCGGAGUCAUCCAUCGACACCUAUUACUUUGAUUUCUUCAGGAAUUCUGAGGCCAACAUUGUUUGCUCUCCAUGGAGCUAUGAAAACAACUUGCCUUUGGAGAACAGAGUGGACAGCUAUGUCUGGAAUCACCCCACGUUUCUGCCGGUCUUCCCUUCCGGCAAUGUCCGGGCGCAAGCAACUGACAAGAGGGCGGAGUCGCCGUGCACUGCGAAGAAUGCCCUGUGUGUGGGGGCCUCCUACAACGCGCCCCGCUUGUAUCAGGAGCAACCCUCCUUCGUUCACAGUGCCCUGCUGUUAGGCCUUGGCAAUUGUGUAGGUGAUGCACGCAGCAGCUGCGCCACUGAGCUGGAGGCCCUACCGGCCUUGUUUGGCGCCACCAAACCCAGUGCACAGACCCUGGCCUUGUGCGAAGCAGUGGUGGAUGACUGUCUCACCUUUCGCGCUGCGUGUCCGGAGUGUGCCUAUGAUCCAGCACGUCUGCAGCAGGCUGUGGAUGCACCAGUGACGGAAGCAUCGCCUGCGGAGGCCUGCACUGCACUCAGUGCAUUUCCCAGAGGUCAUGUGUGUCUGGUGCACCGGGGCUCUUGCAGUUUCCUGCUGAAAGCGAAGCAUUGCUCCGAUGCUGGUGCGGUGGGCGUCAUCGUGGUGAAUGGGGCAGGGCAGAGCAUGGUGGUGAUGACAGGCGACCACACUGAGAUCCAGCAGUAUGGCUUAAUCCUUCCAGUGAUGAUGGUCUCCUCCAAUGAUGGCAGCAGGUUGAUCUCCCCAGACGCGCGGCUGACCUUUCCCGUGCUGAGCGCUUCGGUGGUCCCCCAGGCGAGGGCGCCCUACAGCCGUUUCGGAGGGCUGCAGCGGAUGAAGCCCGAGCUGCUGCUACCAGGGGACGGCAUCAGCUCUGUCAAAGUGGGCUUGGAGUGUGGCUUUCAGCAGAUGAGUGGCACCUCUCAGAGUUGCGGCCUGGCAGCUGGCGCCGCAGCGCUGGUGCGCGAGUACCUCAGCGACUGGGCGGAAAGGUCAGAGGCUCGGCUCAGCGACGUGUGGGCCUCGAGUAUCAAGGCGUUGCUGGUGGCGUCUGCCAAGCUGGAUAGGAGGUGGGUCACCAGUGCCUCCACCGUGAUGCUCCCGGAGGUGGGUUUUGGGGUGCCCUCCCUGGCGUCGUUUCUUCCGAUCCCCGCAGGGCCUGGGCUGGUGGCGAUCCAGUCGCAGGUGGAUCUAGCAGGACCUCAGCGAUUUUGUUUGGCCAGGACCUCGGACCAAGGGGUUUCACUGGCCGUGACGUUGGCAUGGACCGAUCCACCAUCGAAUGAUGGGGCUUUGGUUCAUGAUUUGGAUUUAGAAGUGCUAUGCGACGUCUCCAACUGGGUGGUGAACCUGGGGAAUGGUGGCACAAGUCCUGACAUGGUGAACAAUGUGGAGAAAGUCUUGUUGUUGAGCUAUGAGAGCUUCUCCUCAGUGUUUUGCAUUGCCAAGGUCACAGCCGAAAGCGUGUCGACCCGAUCGCCUCAACCUUUCUCCCUGGUGGCCAGCGGCUUUCAGCUCUCGCAGUGUGCCACGUCACGGGCACCAGACUGUGGAACCCAAGGAUCGGCAGUCAGGUUCCAAGAAAACCAAUGGGCUUGCAGAUGCUUCCCACCCUACCUGGGUCCUUUCUGUGAUCAGCAAGCUGUUGCGCUACCUUUGACGGACAGCACCCAGCCGGUGUCAGCGCAGGAGUUGAAACCCUGGCAGUGGUCCUUCUACACCUUCGAGAUCACUUGCGGAGCCGGUGAAUACCGGCUGCGCAUCCAGCAGCCCACGUCCGCAGAGGGGAUCCUGGUCACUCGCUGGUCCUGGGGCCACCUCCACACUGCCUUGGCUGAUUCCACAGCAGCAGGGCUGGUGGUCAGCAGCUCGAGCUCGGAGUUGGACACGGGCAGGGUGACCACUCUGGCGGUUCAAGUCGAUCCGCAGGUCCUUGGUGAUCUGCGGUCACUCUUCGUGGGCCUCCAGUGGCAAGGUCGCAAUGGUAAAAGUGCUGCCCAGCUGAGCUGGGUGGCAGGAGAGGGAACCAGUUGUGGCACAGACUCAGCUGAGUCCAAAGAGAGUGGAAAUUCAGAGCAGCUUGUGCUUUGGAUUUGCCUGGCUGUCGUGGGUAUCACAGCUAUCCUGGCAGCAGUUGUCAUUUUGAAAUAUCUCCGUGGCAGACAGAUGGUCUUGCCAUAUGCAUCUAGCCAGAGGGAUGUGGAGCAAGCAGACUCCCAAACCUCCAAGCAAGAGUGGCAGUUUGAAUCCUAA